UAAAAUUCCCCCGUGAGAGGAAAGGGCCCAGGGCCCGAUGAGUCUACGAGGGCGUAGAUGCGUCGUCCAGCGAAGAGCAGAAGACUCGACGGGCAAACCGAGACGCCUCUCGUGCGCAUGCGCAUACGCGCGCUACCAGACAGAAAACCAGCGAGGAAGAACGACCGUGAGGAACGGGACGGAGUCGUCGGGCAACCAGCAUCUAUCCAGUCAAGCCAGUCGACCGGUCAGACAAUCAGCCAAUCAGGCGUCACGCGAGUAGACCGGUGCCGAGGUGGCGAGCUCUCGUCUGGCAGUCAGUGCCCGACCAGCGUUCUCGGCGUUGCGAUCACUCGACCCCGGCGUCCUCGUUGAGCGCAUUUGCCGUGUACAUGCGCGCGUAAAACACUCCGCGAGUUCACCGACACGUACAAUGACAUCCCGGCGUCGGGAUAGUGCGUAUGUUGCUCUGAUACGAACAGGAGGGUCUCGUUGACCAUCGCGAGACCUGGUAACACGAGGGACUCAGUCACAGUCGCGUUAAUCCAGUGUCGACGAACCGCGAUCCUCCUGCUCGCGCGUGAUCGUGUGUGUGACCGUGCGAUGAAAGAAACGAGCCUGCCACUGGAUUAAGGCGCCCCGUAACCGCGACAAGCUACGCCAUGGCGCCCCCAGACAGGCAUAGAUCGCCGAGGCCUGGCUCCGGACUCAGCCUCUCCGUGCUCGAUCUUGCACAGAUCCGAGCGCUGGUGGAGUCGACGGGGAUGCUAGGCGGCUCGACCUGCCCGUCCUGCGAGAUGCCGUUCGACAAAGGGAAGAAACGCAGGCUGAUCGACUCCUGCGGCCACGAGCGUUGCUAUUCCUGCCUGUUCCGCAGCGAGGCCUGUCCGCUCUGUCUGCACGCCGACUUCAACGACGACGACGGCCUGGAGGGACCCUUCAGGGACGGGUUCACCGGCUCCUCCGGACCCAUGUCCAUCCUCGCGCCCACGGAUGGCUGGAUCGAUGAGUCAUCGACGGUGAACUCUCUCUGCGGCAGCCCCAGACCGCGUACGAAAGUCACCACGAGAGCCAAUCUUCCGUCACGAAUCAUGCACCAACGAGAGACGGACGGAAGUAUCACUUCCAUGGCGAAGGGUCUGAAGAACAAACCACCGGCGCAGCCGGAGUCUUCGGCGUCUCACGGACGACAGAAGCUACAAAUGAUGACGCAAAGUUGUCCAACCCCACCGAAUCAAAGGAAGAGGUUCUUCCUGAAUCCAAAGGUCCUCAGGAGUUCGUUCGUCACGCAAAGGUCGUCCAGGCGAGGAGCCUCGUCUCCGGAGCCAGUUGCAAACGACAAUCCAUCCGCAUUAUCAGACGAUGAAGGCGGUUGCGUGAAGCCUCUGUCCUCGAAGACGCGAAAGUCGUCGCAGUCGGACCUCUACAUGAGGCUAGGUCUCCUCUUGGGCGCUAAUCACGCGCGAACCAACAGCAACGUGGACACCACGGAUUUACCCGGUGUUCCACAUCGUUCCGGUACCAGCGGGUGUCAGUCCAGGGUGCCCAUCCAAGGCCACGACAGCUCGGCGGCCUCCUUCAGCAGCCUCACCAGCUUCGAGACGCAAACACUCGCUUCGACAAACACCAGCCCCGUCUCCACGUUGACCGGCACUUCGAGCGAAGCAGAGGCCGCUGCCGCGUUACGGUGCCCCAUAAAACCCAAAACGAAGGUCAAAGGGAAGAGCAAAUCCAGAGACUGCGACAGCGCCGGAAGCCUAGCCUCGAUCUCCACGUCGGUGUCCGCCUCCACGUCCAUGUCGAUGUCCAUGUCCGUGUCCGUCUCGGGCCUGUCGAACGGCAGCUCGAGCCCCCUAACUCCCAGAAGACAUUCCGUCAACGCCUCGCAGGCUGGCCAAUCCGACGAGCUUGGCCAGUUCAAGAAUAGACGGUCCUGCGCCAGAAGAUCCGCCAGAGCUGGAAACGUCAAGGGGGCCGUCGAUGCAAAAUUGCGUUUCAUGCAACACCACGCGACGCAGCUGACCCUGAAACCGUUGUUCUUCGAGGUACCUCUUCUAGAAACAGAUCCCCUUUUCACCGGUCGUCAGUGGUUGCUGCACGAAGUAGAAUCCGUGGUGAACGGUUCCAGUCCGGGUGUUCUGAUUUCCGGCUCGCCAGGAACCGGAAAGACCGCACUGGUUCUGCAACUGGUGGAGCACAGUUGCUUUGGACGAAGGAGGGAGCAACUUCUUCCAUCGGAGAUCAGCGAGGAACCCGAGGAGAAAGAAAAGACUGGCUGCACCCCGGCGUUACACGUCAGCAUCCGUAACACGAACGAAAAGGUUCGAGAGCUGGCGUCCCACGUCGUAGCGUAUCAUUUCUGCCAAGCGGACAACAACAGUACCUGCCUGGUGCCCGAUCUGAUUCAUUCGUUGGCCGCCCAGCUUUGUCAAGCUCCGCAGCUCAUCUCCUACAGGGAGUACUUGCUCUCCGAACCUCACAUUCAAGGCUCCCUGUCGCAACGAGAGUGCACCGUGGAUCCUGACCUCGCGCUCUCGAGGGGCAUCAUCGAGCCUCUGUCGACGUUAAAAAAGACGAAUAGACUGCCUGAGACUAAUAUGGUGAUACUAAUUGACGCCGUCUGCGAGGCAGAGUACCACAGACCGGACAGAGGCGACACAAUAGCAUCCUUCCUGACGAGGCACGCGCCGAACUUCCCCAGUUGGCUGAAGAUCAUCUGUACAGUGCGAACGCAGCUGCUGGAGUGCGCCAAGCAACUACCCUACACGAGAGUCUCGUUGGACAGGAUGUCGAACGACACCACCGGAAGCAACGUCUCGAAGGACUUGUCCGAUUACAUCGGUUACAGGCUGGCCCAGAGCCCGGCGAUCCAGACGAACGUAACCGCGUCUGUGAACGGAAAGGCGGAAUCGUCGUGCAGUGCGAAUCAGACACGAUUCGCCUCGCAUCUGCUCUCGUUGGCUAGAGGCAGCUUUCUCUUCGCGAAGCUGACGCUUGAUCUUAUCGAGAGCGGGCACUUAGUAGCUAAAUCUGCGAGCUACAAGGUACUGCCGGUGUCCCUGGCGCAGAUUUUCCAGCUCCACUUCAAUUUAAGAUUCCCCACCGCAACCUCCUUCGACAAGGUCCAACCGUUGUUGGGCGUUUGUCUGGCUGCCCUUUACCCUCUCACUCUCCCGGAGAUCUUCUAUUCCGUCAACUCCCUGAAUACGGACCGCUUCGUUUCGUGGGAGGAUUUUCUGCAGAGAUUCAAAAUGCUCUCUGGAUUCCUCGUGAAACGGCUGGACAACACGUACAUGUUCUUCCAUCCGUCGUUCAGGGAGUGGUUGAUGCGAAGGGAUGAGGGAGAAUCGACCAAGUUCCUCUGCGAUCUGAGGCUCGGUCACGCAGCCAUCGCGUACAGGCUGUCCCGCCUUCAGGCACCGUUAGACGGCGAUAAAGCACUGGAACUGGGUCAUCACAUAUUGAAGGCGCACGUCUACAGAGGCGUCGCUCCGUGCUGGCCUUCACGCGAUUUGCAGGCCAUAUGGUUGACGUCGUCCACGGAAUGCGUCUCGUCCGCGUUGUGCACCCUUCGAAACAUCUACAGUCCGAACGUCAAGGUAUCGAGAUUGCUUUUGCUGGCGGGAGCGUCUCCGAACCACAUCACCGAGUACCUGGGCAACGCCCCGGCCCUUUGCAUGUACGCUCACGAGGGCUCGGUCGAAAUGGUGUCGUUGUUAUUGGAAUUCGGUGCUGACGUCGAGCUGACGAACAGCCAGGGUUGCACUGCCCUGUCUUUGGCGGCUGCCCGCGGCCAUUGCGACGUAGUCAGAAGGUUGGCCGCCGCUGGAGCGUCGUUGGGCCACACAGACAUGGCUGGACAGUGUCCUCUCGUUCACGCCGCGAGGCACGGGAGACUAUCCGUGGUCGGCUAUCUCCUGGCCUGCGACUGGCUCGUUCCAAACGGUGAAAUCGAGCCUGACAACUCUCAGGACAUAAGCAGAGAGGAAGCUGCCCAACAGGCUGUGGUAGCUGCUUCCGCUCAGGGCCACGAGUCCAUCGUAGAGUACCUAUUGGACAUGGCGGAGGUGAUCGUGGAUCGUCCCGACACUCUGAUAGGCGAAACAGCUUUGACGAUCACGGCUGCAAAUGGCUCCACGUCCACAGUUUCCGCUCUGUUGGCGCGUGGAGCGAGUCCAACAGCCGUGAAUGCAAAGGGACUCUCUCCUCUGAUAUUAGCAGCGAAAGAAGGGCACUGGGGCACCGCAGAAAGACUCCUACAAGGAACCCUAUCCAGUAGCACGGAUACUAUCUUGGACGAUGCGGUGACGCUUCUGGAUCAACGAGACCCUGCUGGACGUACUGCGUUGAUGCUGGCAGCCUCCGAAGGCCACACGAAUUUGAUCGAACUGUUCCUCGACAAGGGAUCUAUACUGGAGAGCAGGGACAAGGAAGGACUCACUGCUCUCUGCUGGGCUUGCGUGAGAGGAAGGUUGACUGCUGUGCAGAAUUUCAUUGAUCGCGGUGCGGAUGUCAACACCAGCGACAACACUGGCAGGACUCCUUUGGAUUUAGCCGCGUUCCAGGGCAAUCCGAAGCUCGUGCAACUGUUGCUCGAGAAAGGAGCAGCGGUCGAGCACGUCGAUCUGCACGGAAUGCGACCUUUGGAUCGAGCCAUCGGGUGUCGAAACAUACCGGUGGUGCAGUGCUUCCUCCGUCGCGGGGCGAAGUUGGGACCAGCCACCUGGGCGAUGGCGGCCGGGAAGCCCGACGUUCUUCUGAUACUCUUGAACAAACUGCUCGAGGACGGUAACGUGCUGUACCGGAAGAACAGAUUGAAGGAGGCGUCGCAUAGGUACGCCUACGCCCUUAGGAAAUUCCCGGCAUCGCCCGAGGAGGACUGCCAGGGACAAGAGCAGGGUCACGUGAUGCUGCAACUGCAGACGUUUGCGCAACUACGGCUCAAUUUCUUGCUCAAUCUCAGUCGAUGCAAGCGCAAGAUGAAUGAAUGUGCGGAAGCAAUCGAGCUCGCAGACGAGGCUCUGAAGGUUCGCCCGGUGUCUUACGAGGCUUUCUACGCCAGGGCGAAAGCGCGAGUCGACUCAGGAUUGUUGGAAGACGCCCUGUCCGACGUCCACGAGGCUCUUCAGAUGGCGCCGCCGCAGAAUCGACAGGAUCGACGCGUGCUCGUCGCCCUGAGGGACGAAAUAGUCUCUCGGCUGGACGACGUCGAGAUCACCAAGGGAUGCGACGACUCCGUCAGCAGAUCCCGGCUUCGAGCGUCGGUCGAUACUCUCACCGAGUUGUAACGUUACUGUUUCACUCGCAAAAGACACAAACUUUUCUAAGACAACCCCUUUUUAUCGGGGGAAUAGUCGCCAUUGUUUACGAUGGUCUUCGAACGUUCCCGACGAGCUUCGAUUCGUUGCCGUCGAUAUUUAAGUUAGGACGUCGAUUCCGAUCGACGUUAAGUGGCCUUGAGAUUGGAUCUAAGCUGUCCUGGAGCAACGUUCAAUAACCGAAUCUGAACGAAAGUGUCCUGUUGACUAUAGCGUCGAAAGAAAUUCCUUUCCUUGCGUCUUCUGCA